AUGAUCGAAGUCAAAGCGUCUCUGAUCGGUCGAAACGUGUAUGUAGCUGGAGAGCAGUUGCAUUGCAUUAUAACCUUGACAAAUGUGGCUCAAUCGGACAAUGUUAAAAGUACUAUCAACUUGUUCAAUAACGAUAAUAAGGAUGAUACUGGAGUUGAAAGAUUAGCUUGGUCAACUGCUCAAAUUCAUUGUCAGUGUGUUGUUAAUGAAUCUCGGAUUAAUGUACCCCAAGAAUACAAAAAUACUCAGCGUAAUUCAGAUCAAGCAGUAGAUAUUGGUACUUACUUUGCACCAAACCGAGGUGAUGCUGGCCAUUCUGCUUACUUAAGUAAACCACAGGUGUUAUGUUGUGACUUGAUCCUGGGACCAGGUGUUUCAAAAACAUUUCAUUACGUAGAAACAUUACCUUAUAAUUGUCCUCCGUCUUAUCGUGGUAACAAUGUUAAAUACGCAUACAAACUGAGCAUUGGAUUCCAGAAAUUACAUUCAUCUAUGAAAUUGUUGAGAAUACCUAUGAGAGUUAUAAAUAUCAACGGCGUAGAUGAUAUGCAACAAUACAUGGAAACAGAACCUACGGAAAUACCUACAAAUCCAUUUCUUAGCCACCUUAAGAAGGAGAGUUCCUUUCUUGAUAAUGCUCUAGAAGUACUCUCAAUUCAAGCUUCUAGACGAAAUUUAGGAUGCUAUUCUAUAACUAGUAAAAGUGGUUUGGUUGGUAAAUUUAUCCUCUAUAAAGUAGCUUAUCGAUUGGGAGAAGACAUUGUAGGCUAUUUUGAUUUUGCUGAGGCUCAAGUCAGCUGUUUACAGCAACAAUUGGUUUUUCCGACUGUAACGUUAGAGCUUUAUCUCAUUUGUAAGCAUGAUUCUGAAAAAACUAGCUUAGAUUUAUCAAAAAUUAUGUAG